AUGAAACUCUACAUGGUACUUCUAAGUUUCUCAUCAAGUCCACAAUGCAAAGGUGUAAUGCUCACGUACACUUUAAGAGGGUUGUGCCUAGCUAAACGCUACCAGCAAAAUAAGUGCCCACUGAACCCACAAAUUCUUAUGCAGCACGCUUAUAGUAGAUCAACUAUUGUGCUGCAACGCGUGGAGUAA